AUGAAGGGAGCCGCAGUCGUCUCUGUUUUGGUUGUUGUUUUGGCAAUGAUUCAGCUCCUUGCCAAGCCAGCAGAUGCAGCCAUUAGCUGCGGCCAAGUGGAUUGUUUCUUGGCGCCGUGCAUUCCUUACUUGACCACAGGAGCGGGCGACCCUGCCACUAAAUGCUGCGACGGAAUCCGGAGCUUGAAGGCCAACACCGCCACCGUCGACGACAGGAGGGCGGCCUGCGCCUGCGUCAAGGCGGCCGCCGACCACUAUCCGGUGAAAGAAGACGCUGCUUCCGCUCUCCCGACCAAAUGCCAAGUCGCGAUCAGCAUCCCCAUUUCCAAGGCUAUCAACUGCCAAACUCCUCAGCUUCUCCAUCCUCCAUUGCUGCAGUUCAGCAGACUAGACAGUGUCUUCUCGUCUUCCUCCUCCUCCUCCUCUUCUUCUUCUACUUUCACAGCCUGCAUUUUCAAUACUCUCAACUCUCCACCACAAUUUAACUGUACAUUAGCUAAUCAUCGCAACGAGGGUUCAGCUUCAACAAUGGCUCUCAUCCAAUUCUGCUCCACCUCAUCCACAAUUCGAUCUUCUUCCACUUCCUUCCCCAGCUGUUCUUCCGUCCUUUCCUCCGUCAGCAAAGACCCCUCCCUCUCUUUCUCUGGGUUCCUGAAUCCGGUAGCCGGAGUUGGGUCUUCCGCAAUGUCUAAUCGGAGGAGGAAGGGUUUGGUUCUGACGGUGAAGUCGAGCAUGGACACCGUCGCCACCGUCGGACAGGUCACGGAGGUUACUAAUGACACAUUCUGGCCCAUCGUUAACUCCGCCGGAGACAAGACCGUCGUUCUCGACAUGUACACCCAGUGGUGUGGCCCUUGCAAGGUGAUGGCUCCCAAAUACGAGGAGUUGUCGAAGAAGUACCUUGAUGUGGUGUUUCUGAAGCUGGACUGCAACCAAGAAAACAAGCCAUUGGCCAAGGAGCUUGGGAUUAAGGUGGUGCCAACUUUCAAGGUUCUCAAGGACAAGAAGAUAGUAAAAGAAGUGACGGGGGCCAAAUACGACGAUCUAGUUCACGCAAUCGAUACCGUUAGAUCCAGCUGAAGCUCGUACAGUCGGAGAGACAAAGGUUCAUCUGCAAGAGUUUGAUUGGCUGGCUGGCUUUGAAAAUAACUACUACCCCUUCUUCUAGCGAAAUUCGAUGUGUUUUCUGAUGUUUGUGUUUGGCUGCAAUCGUAUUCGAUCUCUAAUUCUACGGAGAGGGAGUUGUGUGUUGGGUGAUAGAGGAACAUAUGUAAAUUAGUACAUGUCUGGGAGAACUCUGAAUGUAAGUAGAAUCUGGAUUUCUGGAUUGGUAUUUAUCCAGAGCUUGAGCUCACUCUUAAUAAUUGCUCUGUUAGCUUCACUCUGUCGCGGUUGUAAUGUAUAAAGUAUUCUAGUUGAAUGACCAUGCAUAAAAUUUUUCGACGAAAAUAUGAUCAUGAACGUAGUACCCU